UGCCGGGGGUGCGCAGGCGCACUGGGAGAGGCCGCAGGGCACGCUGGGCAGCGCCGCUCGGCCCUCUGCUGCUCCUGCCUGUCGGUUGCUAGGCGCUGGGACGCGCCUCCCGAAGGGUGCGGGGCCACAGGUGGCCUCCUCGGGGUGGGCCGCGCCUGGCCGGGGCCGAGGACGCCGGGGCCGAGGACACCGUGGCCGCUUCGGCCUGCGAGAAGCGAUGGAGCCCGGGAAGGGAAGUAUCUGGAGCUGCAGCCCAGGAGGACCAGGCGGAAACCCAUUGUCCUGGGAGGCCCACGAUGCCUUCUGUCCUGGGUUGAGCCCAGCGGCCACAGAAGGAGCACAGACUCCCUCUGUGUGCGCAGCACUUGGGACAGAAGAACCAAAGAUGAUACCUGGAAAGCAGAUGACCUCAGAAAACAUCUCUGGGCCAUACAGUCAGGCGUUUCCAAGGAAGAAAAGAAGCACAGAGAGAAGAAGCUGCGUAAGGAGUCUGAGAUGGACCUUCCUGAACACAAGGAGCCGAGGUUCAGGGAUCCUGACCAGGAUGCCAGGAACAGAGACAGGGUGGCCGAAGUCCACACAGCUAAGGAGAGUCCUCAUGGGGAGAGGGACAGAGACAGACAGAGGGAGAGGAGAAGAGACACAAAAGACCGGGAGAAAGAAAAGCUGAAGGAGAGACAUCGAGAGGCAGAAAAGUCUCACAGCAGAGGAAAGGACAGGGAAAAAGAAAAAGACAGAAGGGCCCGGAAGGAAGAACUCCGGCAGACGGUGGCCCACCACAAUCUGCUGGGCCAGGAGACGCGCGACCGGUGGCUUCUGGAGCGGGCGGAGAGGAAAGGCCGCUCAGUAAGUAAAGUAAGAAGUGAAGAGAAGGAUGAAGACUCUGAAGGAGGAGACGAAGACAGAGAGAGAAGAUACCGAGAAAGAAAGCUGCAGUACAGAGACAGCAAGGACAACCCUCUCAAGUACUGGCUUUAUAAAGAAGAAGGUGAGAGGAGACACAGGAAGCCCAGAGAGCCAGAUCGAGACAAGAAACACCGAGAAAAAAGCAGCACAAGGGAAAAAAGAGAGAAAUAUUCCAAAGAGAAAAGUAAUUCAUUCUCUGACAAAGAAGGGGAAGAAAGACAUAAAGAAAAGCGACACAAAGAAGGCCUUCGUUUUGAUGAUGAGAGGCACCGAAGCAACGUGGAUAGAAAAGAGAGAUCGGCGAAAGACGAGCACAGGAAAAGGGAAUCCAAGAACGGUGAACACAGAAAUCGAGGUGCAAGCUCAAAAAGAGAUGGGACCAGCAGCCAGCAUGCUGAGAAUUUAGUAAGGAAUCACGGAAAAGAUAAAGAUUCAAGAUGGAAGCAUGGCCACGAGGAAGGCUCUUUUGUGUGGUGGAAGCUGGACCAGAGGCCAGGAGGCGAGGAAACUGUGGAAAUUGAAAAGGAAGAAACUGAUUUAGAAAAUGCUAGAGCUGAUGCAUAUACAGCCAGUUGUGAAGAUGAUUUUGAAGACUACGAAGAUGACUUUGAGGUUUGUGAUGGCGAUGAUGAUGAAAGCAGUAAUGAACCCGAGUCAAGAGGAAAGAUGGAAGAACUUCCUCUAGCUCAAAAAAAGGAAAUACAAGAAAUUCAAAGAGCCAUUAAUGCAGAAAAUGAAAGGAUUGGCGAGUUAUCUUUGAAACUGUUUCAGAAGCGAGGUAGAACAGAAUUUGAAAAGGAGCCCAGGACAGAUGCAAACAGUUCCUCUUCCAGAGCCUCCGUUUGUGGAAUUUUUGUGGAUUUUGCCUCAGCUUCACACCAUCAAAAGAGUCGGACUCAGGCCCUUAAGCAAAAGAUGCGAAGUACAAAACUGCUUCGGCUCAUUGACUUAGACUUUUCAUUUACUUUCUCUCUCUUGGAUCUACCACCAGUAAAUGAAUAUGACAUGUAUAUCAGAAACUUUGGGAAAAAAAAUACCAAGCAGGCAUAUGUUCAGUGUAACGAAGAUAAUGUUGAAAGAGACAUUCAAACGGAGGAAAUAGAGACCAGGGAAGUGUGGACCCAGCACCCGGGAGAAAGUACUGUUGUAUCUGGAGGCAGUGAACAAAGAGAUACCUCUGAUGCUGUAGUUAUGCCAAAGAUUGAUACUCCAAGGUUAUGUAGCUUUCUGCGGGCGGCUUGUCAGGUGAUGGCCGUUUUGCUGGAAGAGGGUCGCCUGGCAGCUGAACCCAGCUGGAAUCUUAGGGCUCAAGACAGGGCCCUGUAUUUUAGUGACAGCUCAUCUCAGCUGAACACCAGUCUGCCAUUCCUUCAGAAUCGAAAAGUAUCCUCUUUGCACGCCUCCCGAGUUCAGAGGCAGAUGGUGGUCUCCGUUCACGACUUACCCGAGAAGACCUUUGUGCCUCUGCUGGACAGCAAAUACGUCCUCUGUGUGUGGGAUAUUUGGCAGCCUUCAGGGCCACAGAAGGUUCUGAUAUGUGAGUCCCAGGUCACAUGUUGCUGCUUGAGCCCUUUCAAAGCAUUUUUACUGUUUGCUGGAACAGUGCACGGCUCAGUUGUCAUCUGGGAUUUGAGAGAAGACUCAAGGCUGCAUCACUCUGUGAAGCUGAGCGAUGGUUUCUGGACGUUCCGGACCGCCACGUUUUCCACCGAUGGAAUCCUUACCUCAGUAAACCACCAAAGCCCUGUUCAAGCAGUAGAACCUAUCUCAACGUCCGUCCACAAAAAGCAGAGCUUUGUGCUUUCACCCUUUUCUACUCAAGAAGAAAUGUCGGGUUUGUCCUUCCACAUCGCUUCCUUGGAUGAGAGUGGGGUUCUCAAUGUGUGGGUGGUUGUUGAAUUACCAAAGGCAGACAUCGCAGGUUCAAUAAGUGAUUUAGGUCUGAUGCCUGGAGGGAGGGUCAAGCUGGUACAUAGUGCUCUGAUCCAGUUGGGUGACAGUCUUUCCCAUAAAGGUAAUGAAUUUUGGGGCACUACACAAACACUGAAUGUUAAAUUUCUGCCUUCAGAUCCUAAUCACUUUAUUGUUGGCACAGACAUGGGUCUCAUAAGCCAUGGCACAAGACAAGAUUUGAGAGUGGCUCCCAAACUAUUCAAACCUCAGCAACGUGGUAUAAGACCAGUAAAAGUUAAUGUCAUUGAUUUUUCACCAUUUGGAGAACCAAUAUUUUUGGCCGGCUGUUCAGACGGAAGCAUCAGGCUUCACCAGCUGAGCUGUGCGUUUCCACUCCUGCAGUGGGACAGCAGCACGGACAGCCACGCGGUCACCGGCCUACAGUGGUCCCCGACCAGGCCUGCCGUGUUCCUGGUGCAGGACGACACAUCCAACAUCUACAUCUGGGACCUCCUCCAGAGCGAUCUGGGUCCUGUCGCCAAACAGCAGCUCUCCCCCAACAGGCUGGUGGCCAUGGCUGUGGUGGGUGAGCCCGAGAAGGCUGCUGGCAGCUUCCUGGCCCUGGUGCUGGCCAGGGCUUCUGGCUCCAUCGACAUCCAGCACCUGAAGAGGCAGUGGGCAGCCCCGGAGGUGGACGAGUGCAACAGGCUGCGUCUGCUUUUGCAGGAAGCCCUGUGGCAAGAGGGGAAACCACACAAGUAGCGGGUGUUGCUGAGAGGACGGCGUUUCUGUAAUGACCCAAAUUUAAAAGACAUAAGGUGGAUAAUUCUACAUUUGUGUGCAAGUGUAUUUAUGUAUCUUCUGUAUAUAAUUUAUUUUACGUGAGUAUUUCUUUGGUAUUCCCAGUAAAUGACUACUUUUGAAUGGAAACAAAGAACAUUCUAGCAUUUACUAAACUUCCAGGGGAGCGUAGAGCCACGUCCGGGAUGCUCUUUUCUGAGAGUAUUUCGAGUUAUUUUUAGAACAGUUUAAAAUACUGUCACAUUACUACUAGAUUUUAAACAGCCUACCAUGAAAAUGUAUCUUAAUGAACUAUUUUCUUAUGCAUAAAGUAUGUGAAUGCACAUCUAAAUUAAAAGGAAUUACUCCACUGAAAUGA